CUCCCCCAUCGAUCUCCACUCACCUUCAGUAUCCAGCCAUACCUUUGGGAACUCACAUCACAAUGAUUACUCCCUUAAGAGAUACUGACCAGUUCAAGUAGUAGAUGCACAACCCAUCUACUACACUGUCACCCGGGCCCUUAGCCAAAUAGAUUCCAUCUCGGACCAUGGGGCAACCUCUGCGACUUUUAGAGCUCUACAGUGGCAUUGGGGGGAUGCAUGCAGCUGUGAGAGAAAGUGGUAUUCCCUUUGAGGUCACGAGUUCCUUUGAGAUAAAUACUUCUGCCCUUGAGGUGUACCGGCACAAUUUCCCCGGUACCAGCAAGCCUCGUAAUAUAAUGGGCCUCACCGUAGAGGAAAUGGAGCAGCUGUCGCCCAAUAUUAUAAUGAUGAGUCCCCCAUGUCAACCCUUCACCAGACAGGGUCUGAAACGAGAUGUGGAAGAUGCGCGGACAUCCUCCUUCCUGCACUUCCUUGGCCUGUUGGAAGAGAUCACGGCACCACCAGAGAUGAUCCUCCUGGAGAAUGUUGCAGGCUUCGAGGUCUCCCAGGCAAGGGGACGUCUGAUUGGUGUGCUUGAAAAAAGAGGUUAUACGUGGCAGGAAUUCCUGUUGUCUCCCACGGAAGUAGGAGUCCCAAACUCUCGUCUGCGUUAUUACCUUCUGGCAAAAUUGAAGCCCUCUACCUUCUGUUUUCCACAGUCACAAGAGGUUUUAAAUGAGCUACCUCUCUGCCUCUGUUGUAAAACCCAAGAGAAAGUUCCUAGCAGAGAGAGUCUGUGUCGUGAUUGCAACAAGCAGAUUUUGCCAUCACUACAACACUUGCUGCACAAAUUUCACUCUUCACAGAAUGCAGAUUGCCUUCAAACAUCUACCUCCUUUAGAGAUAUAGAACCUUCGCUCACGUAUUACCUUGAAAAAGAUGGCAACAUCGAGCCAUAUCUGCUCAGCACCAAAGUUUUACAGAAAUAUUUCAUGAUCCUAGACAUAGUUAUAAAUGAGUCCAAAAGAUCCUGCUGCUUCACCAAGGGGUAUGCUCAUUAUGUGGAGGGAACUGGGUCGAUUGUGCAACACAACACUGACAUUUCUAUGCCAGAGAUUUACACACAGGUUCAGAACUUAUCACCAGAUGACCCUGAACGAGUUAGGUUAUUGCAGAGUCUUCAGUUGAGAUAUUUCACUCCUGAGGAAGUAACGAGAUUAAUGUGUUUUCCAAACUGGUUUGAGUUUCCACUUUCAGUGACCAAGAAACAGAAGUACAAAGUAUUAGGUAACAGUGUUAAUGUAUUGGUUAUUACAUCUCUCCUACUAAUUCUAGUUGAAAGUUGACAAACAGUUCAUUGAAAAUGCAUUUCUUAUUCAAGGCUUAUCCUUUGUCAGUGUCUUGAAGAUGCUGAGUGGGUGGUUCUUAGAAUACAUUGUGAUUUUUAAUUAAAGAUUCUUUUAUUUAGAA